GCCCUUAAGCAACUAUCCCCAGAUUUUGUAAAUGAGUGUCAGUGCACAGCAACAAGUGUGACGCAGCAGAUCUGAGACCACACACAUACACAGUAUAAACACACACACACGCACACGCAUGUGCAGGUGUGACAUGAAACAGCGCUAUAAUUGCCAACAGCCCCCCCCCCCCUCGCUGGACUCACACCCCUCGCUGCAUAUUAUCUCCCCCCAGCCCCAGUGCUUUCUGCACACUCAGCAUUCUGUCUGCCUGUCUCUCCCCCUUGUCGCUCCUCCUAUGUACAUAUCCACUAUCUUCCUCCUCCUCCCUCCAACAUCUUCUGUUUUCCUCCCCCUCCCUUCUCCCUGUUUCCUGUCAUUCUUUCUCUUUUUUCUCUCUCUCUUUUUCCCUGGAGCCGGUCCAGGGAGAAGAAAAACACAGCGAGGUUUCUGACCCAGCAGAACAGAACUCCUUAUCGCCCGCUCCCUCUUCCUCCUCCGUCUCUUCCACACCCCGGGCUCCGGCUUCUGAGGCACUUGCCCUCCCCCUGCCUAACCAUGUUACCCCCAUAGCAUGUCACUCUGGUGCACUUAGCAUUCCCACCCCAACACAACCCCAGCAGAGGCCUCAAAGCUUAAUGUCUCCAUGAGACUUUCACCGGACUUACGCAAAGGUCUCCCGGGGGCAGAUGUGGUACAAUAUGGCUGCUCUCUGGUCAACGCCACGUCGGCAGGUCGCGACCGUGCAACCCAGUGGCAUACUGCAACAGGAGUGAAUGUCUGAGACGUUACUUUUCCAGCGGCUUUCUGGAUUUUAAACUCUGAGCCCCGUCUGUCUUCCGGGACUUGUUGGCGGGAAGCUUAAUUCAUUCUGCGGGAAUCUGCGGAGAGAGCGGCGAAUUGGAGGGGCAAUAUUUAUCCCUGGACGCUAGCAUCGGCUCCCCGUAUCCUCUGGUCUUUCUGGGAUACUUUAGGUGCACUUUUCCCAUCGCAAGAGCGUUCUACAAUCCAGGCCGGGAUUCAAUGCAAGUGUCGGCAAUAAACGUUUCCGGAUUGGCGUGCACGUCGGCUCUGGCGAUGACGGAUCACAGGGCGAGCUAGGAUAGAGGGGACGGAGUUCUAUCAAUGUCUCGCUGGAGCAGGAAAGGUGCAGGCAGACCUGCCCUGCUCCCGCUGCUUCUCUUGGCUCUGGCACUAGGGGGCACUGCGCUCUACCUGGCCUCCCUGAACCUGCUACUGACAACCACUGCCUGGGGGCGGAGCCUGUGCCAGGGAUGGGCACAGCAGCAGCAGCAGCAGCAGCAGGUACAUCCACUACAAGAUCCCAGCUCUGACACUCAGAUCUUUUAUCAGAAUGUCUGGGAAAAGCACCAGUUUCUAUAUCAGAAGCUGACGGAGGAGAGGAGACGUCACCGGCGCUCAGCAAAGGAUAAGAAGAAUCGACCAAAUAAUCGUAAACCAAUUUUAGCAGCUCAUUACGAAGUUAAACCAGCGAAGGGAGGAACACAGAUGAAUGUGGAUUCCGAUGGUACUAUCCGGUACUGGACUGAGGUCCCAAGGAACUCGACCAGCCCCGUCAAAUAUAAUGAUGCAAGUGGGGAGUUUAUUGUGAGCCAGAAAGGGCUGUACUAUCUGUAUUGCCAGGUGCAUUUCAAUGAGGACCGCAGCAGCUACAUCAAGCUGGACCUACACUUGGAUGGCAAUCUGAUAUUCCGUUGCCUGCAAGAAUUCUCUGCUACCGCCGCCAGUAUCGGUGACCCCAAACUAAAGACUUGCAGCGUUUCGGGGCUUGUGGUCCUCCAACCCCGCAAAUCCCUUCGUAUCAGCACCCUCCCCAAGGCCAGCCUGCGGGUAGAUCAUUUUCUCACAUACUUUGGACUCUUCCAGCUUAAUCCCCUGGUCCCCGUCCCACCCUCCCCAUCUAUCUUCUUCCUCAAUUUGCACGCGGCCAAGCAGUGCAAAACUAUGCCCCAGGUACCUCCAGCCAGGGUGCUGCCGGAGCUGGCCAGGGGUAUUUGGACAGGGCUGGGGGCUUGGCUGGGCGUCCUCCUCUGCAUUAUUGCUCUGGCGCAACAGUCCAUCCACCUUGGGAACCUACAGAGAGAGCUGUCGCUGCUGCGGAGGAGUAAGGAGGACUCCAAGUUGGAGGUGAGGAGGACAUGUGAGCCCCCGAUGUGCUCGCGGAGGAAGAGAGAGGUCCCAGGAAACAGGAAACAGAGACACAACGGAAGCCGCUGUCUUCUCCAUCUGGCAGCUGAAUCAGUAUUCUCCAAUGUCUCCAACGACUUCACUGUAAUCUCAUGGAAGGUGUCCCUCCAAAGGGGGAAGGCUCUAGAGGUCCAAGGUACAAGUGUGAGGGUGCAGAACUCCGGGAUAUACAUCAUAUACAGCCAGGUGUUUUACACGGACAACACCUUCACCAUGGGCCACUUAGUGCUGGCGAGGGCGGACGGCGAGACUGGAGACGGUGAACUCCUCCUGCGCUGCGUGCAGAGUAUGCCAAAGGAUAAAGACCUGGCGUAUAACACUUGCUACACUUCCGGCGUCUUCUCACUGCAGAAGGGAACCACCAUCACGCUGAGAAUCCCACGGCCGAACGCCAGUCUGAAUACCAGCAGCGACGCAACGUUCCUGGGUUUCGUCAAGUUAUGAAUAAUAUCACCGUGACACAUUAUAGAAUUAUAGGAUCAGCAAUAUAGGGAAUUAUUUACUAUAAAUGUAUAAAUGUGUUCCUAUAUCCAAGGGGUGACCCAAAGUGAUAGGGAUAAGAGUAUAUCCCUCCCCCUGCAGGGUGACACAGACAGUAGGGAGCUAUAAUCCUGUCCCUCCCUCUGCAGGGUGACACAGUAACCAAGGCAGAAGGGAGCUAUGAGCCUGCCCCUCCCCCGGGAGGGUGACACAGACAGAAGGGAGCUAUGAGCCUAUCCCUCCCCCUACAGGGUGACACAGUGACACAGACAGAAGGGAGCUAUGAGCCUGUCCCUCCCCCUGCAGGGUGACACAGUGACACAGACAGAAGGAGCUAUAAGCCUGCCCCUCCUCCUGCAGGGUGACACAGUGACCCAGGCAGAAGGGAGCUAUAAGCCUGUCCCUCCCCCUGCAGGGUGACACAGUGACACAGACAGAAGGGAGCUAUGAGCCUGUCCCUCCCCCUGCAGGGUGACACAGACAGAAGGGAGCUAUGACUCUGCCCCUCCCCCUGCAGGGUGACACAGUGACACAGACAGAAGGGAGCUAUGAGCCUGUCCCUCCCCCUGCAGGGUGACACAGACAGAAGGGAGCUAUGACUCUGCCCCUCCCCCUGCAGGGUGACACAGUGAUACAUAAACUCCCUAUUGCCUGUAUGUUACUCAUCUGUCCCAGCGAGUAACGGUUAUUAGUUCGCUCACCGUUCUGUUGGGCCAGUCAGCCGGCCUGCGCAGACACAACAGAGCCAAAAUCCCAGAUCUGAGCUUUCUAUUUCACUAUUUCCCCCCAAAAAAAAGGUAAAAUAAAUAAAUAAAUGACAAUAUAAAAACAUUAUUUAUUUAAAAAAUGAAAUGACGACUUUUAUACAUUAUGGCAAUUAAAAAAAAAAAAAGAUGCCGUACUCUAAAAAUUAGAACAGCCGUCCCUAGGGUCCGCCUGGGAGGGGUUAUUGCUGGUGAGAACCCCAUUAGUGUAUAGGCUGAAGCGCAGUGAAGCACGGUCACCCCUAAAUGUCCUACCUGAGACAGAGCCUAACCAAAGCCCAAUUGUCCAUUAGUAACCUAAGCUCCCAUGUAGGGCCCAAUGGGAAAUGAAGAGAGGUAAGGGGAAUCCACUGCAGAAGCCCCUCACCACAUGGGGUCUCCACCCAAUACCAUGCCAGAUCCAUCACCGGGGUACACGUCCGCCCACCUCACAGCCCAGGCAAUGACCUAGCGGGGAGUUCUCACUAUAAUAAGGGAGUUUCCUGCCCAUUGUGGGAGAUAUGUCUAAUACACAUAUAUGUAUAAUAUCAGUCUCCCUUAUCGCUGUAUAUUGUAUAACUAUAGUAAUGUGUAUCAGAGGGCUGUAUCACAGAUACUGUGUUAUUUAUUUCUGUGUCUUGUCUGCUUGUUGUUCCAUAAAUACACUGAAAAUGCUCCUUCACAAUCCAAAUUUCCCCUGAUUCAGUUCAGUUACCUGGAGUUAAUUAUAGAAUGGCCAACAGUAUUAAAAAUGACAUUUGCAUACAGAAUAUACAUGGAUACAACAUACAAUUUGAGCGGUACCAUAUUAAGGGAGCAUAUCCAUGACGGCUCCUGAUGUCGGCCAUGCCUCUCUUACAAGCCCUUCAUUGGCUUCCCUUCCCUUUCAGAAUCCAAUUCAAGCUUCUCACACUCGCUUACAAAGCCCUCUCACACUACUCUCCCAUCUACAUCUCUGACCUUAUAUCCCUUUACACUCCCACCCGUCCUCUUCACUCUGCUAAUGCACGCUGACUCUCCUGUCUUCUGAUUACCUCCUCCCACUCCUACCUCCAAGACUUUUCACGUGCUGCACCCUUACUCUGGAAUUCUCUACCUCUCCCCCUCAGACUCUCCACCUCUCUACAGAACUUCAAACGGGCUCUCAAGACCCACUUCUUUACCAAAUCCAGCCAAAUCUCAUCCUAACCCUCUGUUCCACGUUCUCUAUGUACCCCAUCUGUGUCACCCAUGUCUGUCUACCCCUCCCCUUUAGAAUGUAAGCUCUCACGAGCAGGGCCCUCUUCCCUCAUGUGCUUACCCUUUUCUUACUUUAAUAAUCUUCAUCUGCACCAAAUCCAGCAGUCUUCUGCCACCUGAUACUUAUUCCAGUGUCAUGUGCUGAUGUAACUAUGUUUACCCUGUACUUGUCCUAUAUUGUCAUCAACUGUAAGUCGCUGUUUUCCUGUUUGAUUAUUUGUUUAUGUACUCUGUAAUUGGGCGCUGCGGAACCCUUGUGGCGCCAUUUAAAUAAAGGAUAAUAAUAAUAAUGUUUAGGAAAUACUCUUUUGGAAUAAAGGCACUUUUUGGAAAA